GACUCCUGCCCCCCUCCCAGCCUCAUUGUCGCGGGAGGCGCCCGAGGUGCGAGUAAGCGCUUCAGCCGCUGGAACAGCAGCCGAAGUCGAAGCCACUGCUUGGGGUCCCUCGGCCCGAGGCACCCUCCCUCCCGCCAUGGACUACGACGAAGGAAUAGAUCGGGAUUAUGGCCAUGGAUCUUAUGGAGGAAUGGAUCGAGACUAUGGCCAUGGCUCCUAUGGGGGUCCAAGAUCCAUGGACUCCUACCUAAACCAGUCAUAUGACAUGGACAGUUACAGUGGUGGUGGUGGGGGUAGCAGUGGGGGGAGUAACAGGUUUGGACCUUAUGAGUCUGACGACUCCGGGUCUUCUCUGGGUGGGCGAGAUCUGUACAGAUCUGGCUAUGGUUUUAAUGAACCCGAACAAAGCCGCUUCGGAGGUAGUUAUGGUGGUCGAUUUGAGAGCUCCUACCGGAAUAGCCUUGACUCUUUCGGAGGUAGAAACCAGGGCGGGUCUAGCUGGGAAGCACCUUACUCCCGUUCAAAAUUGAGGCCUGGGUUUAUGGAGGACAGAGAAAGAGAGAGUUACUCUUCCUACAGCAGUUUUUCUUCACCCCAUAUGAAGCCUGCACCUGUAGGCUCUCGGGGGAGAGGAACGCCUGCUUAUCCUGAAAGUACGUUUGGAAGCAGAAACUAUGAUGCUUUUGGAGGACCAUCAACAGGCAGAGGCCGAGGCCGAGGACAUAUGGGUGAUUUCGGAGGCAUGCAUAGACCUGGAAUUGUUGUAGAUUAUCAUAACAAACCCAGUAAGAGGAAUGCUGCAAGAGGAAUCAAGAGAAAAUCGAUGCAGCCAUGUAGUAAGCCUGGAGGGACAUUUAUCAAGAAAUUCAAACUGACAAAACUGAUUGAGAAGAUAAACCAGAAAAAAACACCCACUAAAAUGGAUCCUAAAAGUGAAGAAGAAAAGCGACGAAUUGAAAUUCGAAGAGAGAAACAAAGGCGGAGAAGAGAGAAGAUCAGUGAAAAGUAUGGCGAUGAGUACAGGAUGGCAUUCACAUGUUCAUUUUGUAAAUUCCGAACAUUUGAAGAAAAAGAAAUUGAAGUUCAUCUGGAAAGUCCUUCUCACCAAGAAACCUUAGAUCAUAUUCAGAAACAAACCAAAUUUAACAAAGUUGUUAUGGAAUUUUUGCAUGAAUGUAUGGUGAGUAAAUUCAAGAAAACAUCGAUGCGUAAACAACAGUCAAAUAAUGAUGCAGAAAGUGUUAAAGUAAUUGAGAAAGAUAUAAUGGAAGGGGUUACUGCAGAAGACCACAUGAUGAAAGUAGAGACUGUGCACUGUAGUGCUUGUGGUGUAUAUCUACCUGCCUUACACAGUUCGGUUCAGCAGCACUUAAAAUCUCCUGACCAUGCCAAGGGGAAACACGCCUAUAGGGAACAAAUAAAAAGAGAGAGUGUCUUAACUGCUACAAGCAUCUUGAAUAAUCCCAUUGUAAAAGCGCGAUAUGACCUUUAUGUUAAGGGUAAGAAUCCUUUUGAGGCCGAAGAUGAAAGUCAGGAACAACAAGGAGAAGAAUGUGAUGAGGAGGAAGAAAAGAUUGAUGAGCUUGUGGAGGAAGAAGAGGAAGAAGAAGAAGAAGAGGAAGAAGAAAAGGAGGAAGAAGAAGAGGAGGAAGGCACUGAAGAACAAGCUGACUUCAGUGUUGAACAGCCUGAAGAAAACUAAAUACAUAAGGAAUUAGAUGUAGCAACUUUUAAUUUUUAUCCUUAAAUUGGCUAAGUGGAAGACUUUUUAAAUAGUAUAAAAAUAUGAGUUGUUUAACACCCUGUGCAUGCAUUCCAUGAUCUUGAAAUUUGUUUAUAUGAAUUCAAAAUGUUUUGGAUUUGUUUUACAAAAAUGAAGGUAAGACUAUUUUAGUAAGGCUUUUUAUAGCUAUCAAACUUAGACCUGGUAAAUUGUUUGUAUAAUUUUUAAACCUUCUUUUUACUUUAUUGAUGUUGAGGCGGAGAAGUGUAGUAACUGUAUGUCUAUUCUGAUCAUUUUAACUAACUGAAAUGCUGCUCAUGGGAGUAAAUAUUCAGAAAGCAUAAACUUUUUGAAUAAUUACCCCUCAGAGAGAUGAAUGGGCCAGAACUUUUUGCUUUAAGUAUGGCUAUUUUCGGGCUGCAUUGCUCAUUGUAUGCUAGUUUGUGUUAGGGUAUACACUUCAUAGCUUUUUUGUGACUAUGUAUCAAUUUGUAGCAAUAAAUAUUUUAUAGAAACAUUUUUCCCUGAAGUAACAAUUUAAAAUCAAAUUGAAUUUAGCAAUGGAGUAUUUUUAAAAAUCAGGAUUGUGUAGUUUCAGUUUUCAGAUAUUUAAAAAAAGGUGGAGAGAACUUUAGUUAUUUGUCUUGAUAAUCAGAUUUUUGACAAGUAUAGCUUUUUCCAAAUUUAUUUUAACCAACAUAUAAAAUUGGUUUUGACUAUCUUGCUGAUCUGUUUAGACAUUUUUUAGAUUUUUUUUUCUGUGCCAAACCUUGAUUUCCUUUUGAUUAUAUGUUUGAAUACAGAAUUGUAUUAUACCUAUUGUGAGUUCCUUUGUCAUGCCUCUUACUGGCUGAGACAUUAAAAAUCAAACUGUCCUAUUUUAGUGAAUAUUGUCUCUUUGGAAUAAAUAAUCAUUAAGUUUAAAAAA